AUGGCCUCGCACAUGGUGCCGGCCGUCGGGGAGUUCCUGCCCCGGGAUGCGCUGGCAUGGGUGGAGGAGAUCAUCAGCACCGCCUGGACCACCUUCAAGCCCGGGGGCAGGCUGCACCCACAGACCUUCAUCGAGAGCAAGGGGCACCUGGUAGUGGAGGCCAUCCUGUUGGCGCUCAUCUCCUACCUUCUGUUCCAGGGAAGGCAGAAACCGCAGCGCCGGAAGGAACGACCUUUGUCAAAGGAGGAGGUGGACGAGCUGUGCGAGGAGUGGCAGCCGGAGCCGCUGGUGGGGAAGCUGACGGCGGCGCAGGCUGCCCGCCCGCCCCACGUGAUCACCGCCGUCUCUGGCUGCAGCGUGGAGGUGGACGGCAAGCCCACCACCUCCUUUGCCAGCACCGACUUCCUCGGCUUCUCCAACCUGGAGCAGGGCAGGCAGGUGUGCGAGGAGGCCAUCCACAAGUACGGCGUUGGGGCCUGUGGCCCUCGCGGCUUCUAUGGCACCAUGGAUGUGCACCUGGAGCUGGAGGCCGAGAUCGCAAGGUUCAUGGGCGCCGAGGAGGCCAUCCUCUACUCCUACGACAUUGCCACCAUCUCCUCCAUCAUCCCUGCCUUUGCUAAUGCCAAGGACCUCAUCGUCUGCGACGAGGCGGUAAACUACUCCAUCCAGACGGGCUGCUCCCUGUCCCGAGCCAGGCUCUUGACCUUCAAGCACAAUGACCUGGCCGACCUGCAGAGGGUGUUGGAGAAGGUGGCAGCCGAGGACAAACGCUCUCGGAAACCCCUGAACCGCCGGUUUAUCGUGGUGGAGGGGAUUUACGCGAGCCUGGGCGACAUGGCCCCCCUGAAGGAGCUCAUGGCACUCAAGGAGAAGUUCAAGUACCGCCUGAUCGUGGACGAGAGCCUGUCGCUCGGUGUCCUCGGGCAGCAUGGGCGCGGCGCGGCCGACCAUUUUGGCAUCCCCCCCACCGCCGUCGAGAUCGUGGGCGCGUCGCUGGGCACCGCCCUGGCCUGCAUCGGCGGGUUCUGCUCCGGGAACCGUGAGAUGGUAGACCACCAGCGCCUGUCCGGCCUGGGCUACUGCUUCUCCGCCUCCUCGCCGCCCUACACCGCCAAGGUCACCCUGGAGACGUUCAGAGCGCUGAGGGAGGAGGGGCCCCGCCUGCGCGAGCGCCUGGCCGCCAACGCCGCGGCCUUCCGGGCCCUGGCCGCCGGUGUGCCCGGGCUGCGGGUGGUGGGCGGCGAGGCGGCCGCGGCCUCGCCCGUGGUGCACCUGCAGCUGGACCCCGCCCCCGAGACGUACGAGGAGGGCGACCUGCUGCUGGAGAGGGUGGUGGCGCACGUCCUGAAGCACCACUCCAUCCUGCUGGCCACCGCCAAGUACUCCAGCGUGGAGACCCGGCGGCCCCCGCCCAGCAUCAGGCGCGUGCGCCUGAGGCCGGUGCUGGUGACCGCCCUGCACGAGCCCAGGCACCUCCAGGCGGCGACCACCGCCCUGACAGAGGCGAUGGCCGCACUGCGACCCCGGUGA